AUGAAAUAUCUUCCACUAGUGAUGGCAUUGUUGUGCUUGACUGCUCUUUCAAGAGUAGAAUCUGUAAAAGAGUUAUUGGAAUAAACUAAGGAUUAAUAUCAUUUAGCAUAAGAUAUUGAUACUCUUAAAUCAAUGCUUGAAGCAGAGUUGGGCAUUAAGAAAGAGAAGGAGACACCUAAUUAGGUCCCAUCUAUUGCCUAAGAUUCCGUGAAAUAGUCUAUAUUGUUCGCUAAAGUUAAGAAAUCCGAAUACAACUUAAAUAAUAGUACUUAUCCCAACUCAACUUACAAUUACACAUAUCAGUCAUCUUCAACCUAAUAUCCAACCUAUAGCAAUUCAAGCAAUUCAAGCAACUCAAGCAACUCAUCAAAUACUACAAAUGGAUCAAAUGGAUCUUAUCCUUACAGCAACCUCACCUACAGCUAUGAUUAUCCAUCCACUUCAAAUAGUUCCAGCAAUUCCUCAUCCUACAACACUACCAAUUAGACUUCUACUAUUAACUAAACCAAUGGUUCCUCAAAUUACAACAGAACAAUUAAUAGUAGAUAUAUUCCAUCAAGACUAUAAUUGAGAGUUAGAAACAAUUCAAAAAUGCUAAAGGAACAAAUAUAAAAUAACACCUAAAAUGUUACUUAUUACAACACAUCUAGUGGAACUUACGAGUACGUAGUUAUUUAUAAUAACACUGAAAUUUAUGAAAAUUCAACUGAAUCUAACUAUUUUUACUAUUAGAAUAACACAUAGGUUACUUUAGAUAGACAAUAUGAUGAUAAUGGUAAUGUGAUAUACAGAAACUUCAACCUUAAUUAUUCUUUGAUCAUAGCCUAGAACUCAACCAACACAAAUUACAAAGAGUAAUAAAACGCCUUUGGAACACUCGUUCUUACAAAUCAAACAUUUUCAGGAUAAUAUAACAAGUAUGGAGAAUACAAUGGAUUUUCAACAGACUUUAAUAAUAACUUGUAUUAUGGUGAAAAUAAUUAUUUUUAUGGAAAUGCUGGAUACUCUAAUUAAACAGGAAAUUAUUCAUAUAGUAGUUCCGUCUAUGGAGGUACUUAUGAAAAUUAAUAAAAUGGAUCCUCAACCUCAUCCUAUAGAUAUAGAAAUAGUAGUGAAGGCCAUGCUGAUGCAGACUUUAACCAAAAUACUUCAAGCAAAUACUCAGGUUAAUCAUAAAGCCAAAACUAAUACUAUAUAGACUCUAAUUUUAUUCAAGGAAAUAACUCAUCAAUUUCUCAGCUUGAAAAUACAUAAAUCAAUGAAUAUGCAACCCAAAGUAAUUCUUAAUAUCGAACAAAUGACACCUUUUCAAAUACUGAUUCUUCCUCUAUAUCAGAGAGUUAAGGAUAGUAUAAUAGCACCACCAUCUAUCAUGAUGACUAUUAAGCAGGUAUUUACAAUUCACAAUCUACAUAAUAUGACGCAUCUUAUAAUAAUUCCACUUCUAAUAAUUAAAAUUAAUAAGGUUUUAAUUAUAACUAUACUGCUUCUGGCAACAGUGCAAAAUCUUUCGAUAAUUAAACCAACUAUUUUGAAGGUUCCAACACAACCUUCGAUAGUAUAGCAGGAGGCCGAUAAAAAAACUCCUACGAUUAUGACAAUUACACUUAUUCAUUUUCCUCCGAAUCAAUUAAUGGAAUUUUUAACGAUACUAAUAAAGAAGUCGUUAGCGAAGGAAAAACUACAGUGACCACUAUUGAUUCUAAAGCUACAAGCAGUGACUACUCUGGUUAUAAAUAUAAUGAUGAUCCGACUGAUUUUAGUGGUUCAAGUUAGACAACCCACUCUUAAUCAACAACAGAAUAGUCAAGAUAACAAUUCAAUCAAUUAAGAGGUUCAAAGAAAUACAGCUUCAGGAUCAUGGAGAUAAAUUGA